AUGGGGCUGGAGGCGUGUGGAGCGGAGGUGACUUCAACAACGUGGGAUGGUGAAGGGGAUGGCGGUGUGGACUUCGAUGGCCUUUGGACUCGCAUCUACUCAUCGUCACCCCGCACGCUCCGCCUCUCGCCGACCCUCCGCUGGGAGGAGGCCCGCGAGCCGCUGCACGCCGGUGUGGACGUGGGCAACAUGGUGGGCGUGGGCCCGGGGAUGCCGUUCGUGCACGCGCUGCUCCGGGCGCCGGCCUGCCCCAGGGGCGCCGUCGUGGGCCUCGUCCCCUGUGCGCAGGGCGGCACGCCCAUCGCCAACUGGACCCACGGCUCGGAUAUGUACGAUCGGAUGGUGACCCGCGCCUGCGUCGCCGGCGCAGGGGCCGGCAGGAUCGCCGCCUUGCUGUGGUUCCAGGGGGAGGCCGACGCCAUGCGGUGCGAGGACGCGCUGGCCUAUGCCUGGAGGAUGGAGGCGUUCGUCCGGGACGUCCGCCAGGACCUCGCCAUGCCCAACCUCCUCGUCAUCCAAGUUGGGAUCGCGACGGCGCAGAAUCAGGGGAAGUGGCUGGAUCUGGUGAGGAAGGAGCAGAGGGCGGUGCGGGUGCCGAACCUCAAGUACGUGGAUGCCAUGGGUCUCCCCCUUGCUAGCGACGUCACACACCUCACCACCCAGGCGCAGGUCCGGCUCGGCAAGAUGCUCGCCGACGCGUACAUCGCCACGCUCUGA